AUGGCAGCCUCUUGCUCGCUCCCCGUUGUCAUCCUGGCGCUGUUCCUCCUCCUCGUCGCAGCGUUUGCGCCAGCAACAGCAGCGAGCCCCUCCAAGCGCCCCACCCAUCAGCCUCUUCUUUUCCCCAUGGGACUCGCUCCCCUGCAUCGGAGGCAGUCGAGCGGCAGGUACGCCGCCGCCGCCGUCACGGCCUCAGCCGCAGCGGCGACGGACAACGGCACGGCGGAGCCGUUCACGGCGCACUACUUCCUGCAGGAGCUGGACCACUUCACCUUCACGCCCAACUCCUCCCACCUCUUCUCCCAGAAGUACCUCCUCAACGACACCUUCUGGCGGCAGAAACCCACCACCGGCCCGCUGUUCGUGUACACCGGCAACGAGGGCGACAUCGAGUGGUUCGCCACCAACACCGGCUUCAUGUUCGACAUCGCGCCCCAGUUCGGCGCCCUCCUCGUCUUCAUCGAGCAUCGGUUCUACGGGGAGUCGAUCCCGUUCGGGAACGACUCGUACAGGUCGCCAGACACGCUCGGUUACCUGACGUCCACGCAGGCACUUGCCGACUUCGCCGUCCUCAUCACCAGCCUCAAGCAGAACCUCUCCGCCGUCGAUGCCCCCGUCAUCGUCUUCGGCGGCUCCUACGGCGGCAUGCUAGCUUCAUGGUUCAGGCUCAAGUAUCCUCAUGUCGCCAUGGGGGCCUUGGCGUCCUCUGCACCAAUCCUGCAGUUCGACGACAUCACCUCGUGGUCUAGCUUCUACGACGCCAUCUCGGAAGACUUCAAGUCUGAGAGCCUGAAUUGCUUCAGUGUCAUCAAGGCGGUCUGGGAUGUGCUUGAUGAUCGGGGAUCCAACCACACAGGCCUCUUGGAGCUCAGCAAAACAUUCAGGGCCUGCAAGACCGUGCAGUCCGCUGAUUCGCUGAGUAACUGGCUAUGGAAUGCAUUCACCUACACCGCCAUGGUGGACUAUCCGACCCCAGCCAAUUUCAUGAUGAAUCUGCCUGCUUACCCUGUGAAGGAGAUGUGUAAGAUCAUUGAUUCUUUUCCCGCGGGAGCAGACGUCAUCGACAAAGCUUUCGCCGCGGCGAGCCUGUACUACAAUUACUCAGGCGACCAGAAAUGCUUUGAGAUGGAGGGUGGCGAUGACCCUCAUGACCUCGAUGGCUGGGGUUGGCAGGCCUGCACAGAGAUGGUCAUGCCGAUGAUCGUGUCCAAUGAGAGCAUGUUCCCACCGUUCAGCUUCAGUUACGAGAACAAUUCCGAGGGCUGCCUCACGUACUACAGAGUUCGUCCGAGGAUACAUUGGAUCACUACUGAAUAUGGUGGCCAUAAUAUUGACAAGGUUCUCAAGAGGUUUGGGAGCAACAUCAUCUUCUCCAACGGGAUGCGAGACCCGUGGAGUCGAGGCGGAGUACUGAAGAACAUAUCAUCCAGCAUCAUUGCUCUUGUGACGGAGAAAGGGGCCCAUCAUUUGGACUUGAGAUCUGCAACCAAGGAUGAUCCAGAAUGGGUUGUAGAACAAAGGAGACAGGAAGUUGAGAUCAUGCAUGCAUGGAUAGAUCAGUAUAACAAGGACAUUGCACAGAUGUAG